GUAAUUUGUGAAAUGUGAUAAUUAAUUAAAAAUUAUUAUCAAUUGAUAUUACAAUUUUUAAUAUUAUAUCGAAUCUGACCGUGGCUGUUGCAGGAUUGUUGGGGCAGUGAGUGAACACUGAACAGUGGCAUACCCAAGUGGCAACUAUAGACAUCAGAGGCGUUGCUGAUCUGUGCAUAGUUGCCGUGUCAUAGAACCGAAUGAUAGUAUAGUCGUGACGGACGACGUAAAAAAUUACGAUAAACAAUAAUAUUAUUGUCAUCUCCGGCACAACUACGUUGUAAUUGCUGUCCAACCAAAAAACGUUUUUGGGAUUCGCAAUCGCCAACAUGGACGGAUCGACGACGAGUCCCACGAGAAAAAUGUCAAAAGCCGAUCAGCUCCUGUCAAAGCUACCGCCGCCAACGCAAUUACCGAGUUUUGUCACUGACGCUUUGAAUGAGCCUAGAGCUACUCAGUCUAACCCUGUGUUGAAUGCUACAGACGUGACUAGUCAAAACUUUCACACUCCAAUGUUUUCACCUGUGAUAACUAGUAAAAAUGAAGAAAAUGUGGAAUUGCCCACAAGUCCUUCCAAUGAAGCAGUAGCUGAUAAAGCAGUUAAAAGUGAACAGUCAUCAAGCAAAGCUGAUUUGUUUAAUUGGAUGAAGGGCAGUAGUUCUAGUAUUUUUUCUAUGGUUGCCGAAAAAGCAAAGAACUCUGUGGAUGCAGUACUUACAACAUUAGACCCGCAAAUGAAAGAUACAUUAAAUCCCAAUACUUUUGAUAACACCGAUGUGGUUGUGGCUUCCGAAAAAGAAAUUGUUGUUAGCGCAGUAAGAGAGGGCUUUCAAAAAGUUUUUGGAAAAGCAGUCGUCAGAGGACUUGAAGCACCAGAUCAACCAUUUGCUGCACAAUUAGUUGGAUUUUCUGCUGCAUCCAAAGCCACAAGAUAUUGCAUCGAUUCUGUUAGAUUACAUGUGGUGAAAGGUCCUGUCAUCGCCUUUGAAAGAUUUAUUGUAGAGCCAAUAGAAUCUAAAUGGUAUGAAUUUGGUCUAUUGAAACUUAAUGACAUGGAACGAAAUAUAGAUUUAGAAGUAUACACUCAAAGUGUCCCUGUACCUACAGCGAUUGUUGGUUUGAUUAGUGAUGAUACACCUAAAGACUAUGAACACAUCUCAACCGGAUUCAGUAUACCAGUUGCACAUUUCAUGGCCAGCAACUUAAAAGUACACCCAUCUGAAUGGCAAGAAGUAAUGACUGGUGUUAGCCAACGAUCAUCUUUAUUAGCCGCUUCUGUAUCAUUGGCCAUGUCGUACAAAAUUGCACUAGAAUGAUGGAAUUUUUUGUUAAGCUUGAAAAUCGUUAUCAAUAUAAUUUUUAAUAUCAUUGUCGAUUAUUAUUUUCUGUAAUAAACUGUUAUCAACUUGUAUUCCCCUCCCAA